ACUUCACUUCUCGCAGGUUCCAUUCUAGACCUCUCCACCGUUCUCUCGGCUUCAAAGAAGGAAGACGAUUACUAAAACCCUUUCUCUCUCCUCCCCUCGCGGUACCAUAUAUAUCUGUGUUCAUUUCCGCCGUGGUCUUCACAAUUCGAACUGUUUUCAUCUGUUGGAGUUCUUGAUCCACAAGGCAAGUUGUUAGUGUGUUUUGCUGCAAACAAACUAGUUUGUCAGAAUGAGCGUGGUUGGUUUUGACUUUGGGAAUGAGAGCGGUGUUGUUGCAGUAGCAAGGCAGAGAGGAAUUGAUGUUGUUCUCAAUGAUGAAUCAAACCGCGAGACUCCGGCUGUUGUUUGCUUUGGUGAAAAACAGCGAUACCUUGGAAUUGCUGGGGCUGCAUCUAGCAUGACGAAUCCUAAAAAUACGAUUUCUCAGAUAAAGCGACUUAUUGGACGACGGUUUUCAGAUCCUGAGCUCCAACGGGAUUUGAAGUCCUUGCCUUUUGCUGUAACUGAAGGGCCUGAUGGAUACCCAUUGGUUCAUGUGAGGUAUUUAGGGGAAUCUAGAGCAUUCACACCUACACAAAUAAUGGGAAUGGUUCUCUCGGAUCUAAAGAUCAUAGCACAGAAGAACUUGAAUACUGCAGUAGUUGAUUGCUGCAUUGGAAUACCAAUUUACUUCACUGACCUUCAGAGGAGGGCUGUUGUAGAUGCAGCUACAAUUGCAGGCCUCCACCCUCUUCGAUUAAUUCACGAAACAACUGCAACUGCUUUGGCUUAUGGAAUUUAUAAGACAGAUUUACCUGAGAAUGACCAAUUGAAUGUUGCAUUUGUUGACAUUGGGCAUGCCAGUAUGCAAGUUUGUAUUGCCGGCUUUAAGAAAGGACAGCUCAAGGUAUUAGCUCACGCAUUUGACCGGUCAUUGGGUGGCAGAGAUUUUGAUGAAGUUCUCUUUCAGCAUUUUGCUGCCAAGUUUAAAGAUGAAUACAAGAUUGAUGUCUUCCAAAAUGCUAGAGCUUGUCUUCGUCUUAGGGCUUCUUGUGAGAAGCUGAAGAAAAUUCUAAGUGCAAACCCUAUGGCACCUUUGAACAUUGAGUGCUUGAUGGAUGAGAAAGAUGUUAAAGGUGUAAUUAAGAGGGACGAGUUUGAGCAAAUAAGCAGUUCAAUCUUGGAUCGAGUCAAGAAGCCACUGGAGAAGGCUCUAUCAGAAGCCAACCUUACUAUUGAGAAUAUUUAUGCAGUUGAGGUGGUUGGUUCAGGUUCACGUGUACCUGCUGUAAUGAAGAUAUUGACAGAUUUUUUCGGAAAGGAGCCACGUCGAACAAUGAAUGCAAGUGAGUGUGUUGCCAAAGGUAGUGCUUUGCAGUGUGCAAUCCUCAGCCCAACAUAUAAAGUGCGCGAAUUCCAGGUCAACGAGAGCUUCCCAUUCCCAAUUGCUUUGUCCUGGAAAGGUGUAGAUGCUCAAAAUGGAGGUGCAGAUAAGGAGCAAAGCACUAUUGUUUUCCCCAAGGGUAAUCUAAUACCUAGUGUGAAGGCUCUCACCUUCUACCGGUCUGAGACCUUCACAGUUGAUCUUCAAUAUGCUGAUGUCAGUGAAUUGCAGGCACCAGCUAAAAUCAGCACAUACACGAUUGGACCUUUUCAAUCAACAAAUGGAGAGAGGGUUAAAUUAAAGGUCAAGGCACGCCUAAAUCUACAUGGAAUCGUUUCGAUUGAAUCGGCAACUCUCAUUGAAGGAGAGGAGCUUGACGUUCCAGUUGUCAAAGAACAAGUUAAGGAACCUACUAAAAUGGAUACUGAAGAGACUCCUAAUGAAACCAAUGUGAACAGUGCUGGCGAUGUUGCUGAAAAUGGUAUUCCAGAGUCUGGAGAACCUGUUCAAAUGGAAACUGAUACAAAGGUGGAUGCUCCAAAGAAAAAGGUGAAGAAAACAAAUGUUCCUGUAUCUGAGAUAAUUUAUGGAGGAAUGGCUCCUGCAGAUGUGCAGAAGGCAGUGGAAAAGGAGUUUGAAAUGGCUUUACAGGAUCGCGUCAUGGAAGAAACCAAGGAAAAGAAGAAUGUAGUUGAGGCCUAUGUUUAUGACAUGAGAAAUAAGCUUAAUGACAAGUAUGAAGAGUUUGUUACUGAAACGGAGAGAGAAGCAUUCAUUACCAAAUUGCAAGAGGUGGAGGACUGGCUAUAUGAAGAUGGAGAGGAUGAGACAAAAGGAGUGUACAUUGCCAAACUUGAAGAACUUAAGAAGCAAGGUGACCCUAUUGAAGAGCGUUACAAGGAGCAUACAGAGAGAGGACCGGUGAAUGAUCAGCUUGCUUAUUGCGUCAAUAGCUACAGAGAGGCUGCAAUGUCAACUGACCCAAAAUUUGAUCAUAUUGAUGUAUCUGAGAAGCAAAAGGUUUUGCAUGAGUGUGUGGAAGCCGAGGCAUGGUUGAGAGAGAAAAGGAAGCAGCAGGAUGGUCUCCCCAAAUAUGCUCCUCCUGUUCUCCUAUCAGCUGAUGUGAAAAAGAAAGCUGAAGCACUUGACAGGCUGUGCAGGCCAAUAAUGACUAAACCAAAACCGAAACCUGCUGCUAAGCCUGCUUCUCCGUCUGAAGGAAAAGAUGAACAUCCAAAUGCAGAAACCAAUAACAAUAAUAGCGAGAAUUCUGCUGGUGGAGGGGAAGUACCACAUGCGCCUGAGCCUAUGGAAACUGCUUAAGGACUCAUCAUCGAUAUACUGUAAUUUUCUUCAGAUAAAGGCUACUACUAGCUAGUAGGUGAAAUGGGAGAGGCUGCGAAAUCAUCCCAUUUUUCCGGACAGUUUUUACCCUAUUGAUAUUAUUUAUUUAUUUUUCUGUUUGAAGAAAGAAAAUCCAGACUACAAAUUAAAAUCACUCACACCAUAUAUGUUUGUGAUCCCAGAUUGUUUUCCAUACUUUUUCUUUUGUAUCUUGUGCCAUUUUGAGUGUACAUUCAUUCUUUGAAACUGGGAUGUUUUUUAUUUUUCAUUUUUUGGUAAUAAGUUAUAAUGAUGAUGAUGAUGAUGAGACUGCAUUGCCAUGGGAUUGAAUGCUAUUAUUUAAUUGGUUAAUGUAUGAUGUUUGGAUAUCUUCUGAUA